AUCUGAGCUGUCUGAUUGGCCAGAAGUAGGCAUAUAGGUACAUUUGAUUUUCUCCCUGGGUCUGCCGGGUAGGCGGAGUUCUACAUUCAGACACAUUGAAUGGUUCAAAAUUGGAAGGUUUUCUGAAUUCAAGUGCCCCUACCGCCAACAGCGCGAAACGAAUACAAAAAUUGGGAAUUCAAGGUUUUACCGAUGGGUUUUUACCAGAAAUGUUUGGUGCGAUUGAGUAUCUCUCUGGCUGUAGCGUUCACUUUCAAUUAUAAUACAGCGCUAUGAGACUAAAGGCAGUCCUUGUUUUUCAAAACAAGAGUUGAGCUUGAAAUUCAAAAGUUUAUCAAACAGACCGGCCGCCAUAAAUCGGACUUUAGUAAAAUGUUGUAAUAUAACAAGCUAAUGAGCCUAAAUUACAAUGCAUGACCAUGAGCAUUAUUUAUUUAUGCUAAUUUAUUUCAGUUAUUCGUCAACGCGAAUGGGCCCCUCCCCCACCCCACAUCUUUGGUCUCUUAGCAACUGUAUUGUAAACUAUCAACAUCGAUGUGAUGUUGUUUUCUAUGCUGCUGCCAGUAACGUGGCUAGUGUGGUUCGAUUUGCUUUAUUUAAGUGGUGUUUAAGUUCAGAGGAGGUAUGUUGUUUUCCUUUAGGCCUAACGUAAUGUUUUCUUGAUAAAAUGUUUUAUCUGCAUGGAAUCUUUAUCUUUUUGUAGCUAACGUUAAGUACAUUAUAUCUAAAAGUAAACUACACUAGACAUUAGGCAACUGUUAAUGUAGGUAGCAAAUAGUAAUAUUGUCCUAACGUUAGUGGUAAAUGUGUUUGUGAUGCUGAAUUGACCGAUGUUAUAGUGUUAAUUUGGGCAUGAUGUUUUAUUGUUUAAUAAGAUUCCCCCCUGUCUAUGGCAGUAUGUCUGCAGAGGUGGCCAUACAGCCCCUGGAGGAUGUUAGCCCCCAAAUUAUGUGCUCCAGUCCCCAACCCAGUCCACAGCCCCGGGCCAAAGUGCUCAGGGAGGACCUCCUAAAGAUCCUGGACCCUUCACGGAAGAAGCUGUCAUCCUUGGAGACGCAGCGCAUCGCAGGGGUGCUGGAAGACUGCAUCGCCAGGGUGGAGACGGUAGCCUUGCUGCCGGCUGUGCUGUCCCGCCUGGGAGGGCUGUCUGUGGGGUUGGAGUUGGAGGGGGCCUUACAGGAGCACCAGCACCUUGGAGAGAGGCUGGGGGGCCUGGGGCAGAAGCUGGUUGAGGGGGAGGCAGGGGAGAGAACGAGAGAAGAGUUAGAAAGGGCCAUCCCCAGCUCACUGAGGAACGUGCUCAGACUGCUGAGAGCUCAUCCAGCCACCACCCGAGCCCUGAGGGGUGAGGCAGAGGUAGGGGGGCAGGGGGUGAGUGAAGGGGUGCGAGGGCUGGUAGGGGGGCUGCAGGAGUUACGGGGGGUGCUGUUAGAGAAACUGCUCACGAGCCCGUCCGAGGAACGUCAAAGAACACGCUACAUGCAGGAGGUUUCGCUGCGCCAUGGCAACAACAUGGAGCUGGUUGCUACACUGGAGAUGGAAGUCGCUGCCGCCAUCAAAGACAGAGAUGCUGAGACCUCUAAGAAAAAUGAGGUGAUCAGGAAGUUGAAGAGCUCUCUGCACCAGAUGGAGAAGAUCUCUGAGGACUUUGUGUUGCGGACACAGCAAGAUGCCGACAAGCAGAACCAGUCAGACGCUAAGACCUCACAGGGGAGGCGGGCCCGCAUGCAGCAGGAAGCCAAUCAGCUGAGAGUUCAGCUUAACAACCUGAUUUCUGAGAACCGCGAGGUAGAGACUUCGCUCCGUAAGAAAAAAUAUAAAGUGGAGACAGAAAUAGAGAACUGGAUCCAGAAGUAUGAUGCUGAUAUGGGAGAGAAACAGUUUGAGCUGGAGGACAUGACAAGGGUCUAUGAGGAGGAGAAGGAGGAGCUGAGAGAGCUAGAGGAGGCGUAUGCUGUCCUGGAGCAGGAGUUCAGUCAGAUCCAGGAGGAGCGGCGUUUGGCCGAGGAGAGGAGGGAGGAGGAGCAGAAAGAGCUGGAAAAGAAGAGCCGUGCAUCCACCAUUAUCCAGGCUUACUGGAGGGGCCACCGUGUCCGUAAGGCCAUGAGGGGGAAGGGCAAGAAGGGUAGCAAGGGCAAGAAGGGAAAAGGCAAGAAGGGCAAAUAACAGCCCUGUGGAAAACUCGGCUAGACAAGGACAGUCCAUUAUUCCAGCAUGGUUUUUAUAUUUGUGGGAAAGAAGUGUCAGCUCUCCAAAAACACAUCCAUUUUCCUUUUCUCCUUUUGUACGUUUUCCUUUUAGGUGUCAGAGUUUAUUCCAAUAAAUACUGUGCAACGAAGUUCUUGAUUACUAUUGUAUGAUUACUACCCUGUGUUUGAUGUUAUCUAUUUUUAAGUGUUUCUUAAAAGAAAAGGGAAUUUUGUUAAACCAUUGUUUAAAAAUAUGUUUUAUUGAAACAUGUACAGUAUUGUAUUAAUGAAUCAGUUUAAAUGGAACUCAACAAUUUAUAGUUGUUAUGCAAAAUUGGUCAGAAUAGUAGAAAACUGGCACCAUGCAAUUGUUGGAUACAUUUGAUCAAGGCUUGAGAAACACUAAACAGUUUGGCCCUCUAUUGAUAUGUAUAGUUAGUAUUCCCUACAGUUGCCACUAGGUGUCAGUACUAGACUGAUUGCAGAAGUAUUAUUGUCAUCAUGCUACGUUUGCUCCACAGCAGUGGUGUAAAGUCGUUUUUAGGGGUAUCUGUACUUUACUAUUUAUAUUUUUGACAACUUUUACUCCAUUACAUUCUUAAAGAAAAUAUGUACUUUUUACUCCUAUACAUUUUCCCUGACACCCAAAAGUACUACCGGUAGUUACAUUUUGAAUGCUCAGGCAGGACAUCAAUAUGGUCCAAUUCACAAACCUAACAAUAUAAAGCUUUGCCAUCCCUACGGUCUCUGAUCUGGCGGACUAACUAAACACAAAUACUGUGUUUGUUUGUAAAUUAUGUCUGAGUGUUGGAAUGUGCACCUGGCUCUCCGUAAAUAAAAUAAACAAGACAA